CACCGUGCAUUAAGCUCUGAUUCCGUGAUCGAAGAUUCAAUGUCGUAGCAAUUAGCAGGGGGUCUGAAACCCUAACCUCCUGUCAAACAGAGAUAAUCAAAAGGAGGAAUGGAGUAACAGUGAGAGGGGACAUCGGACGAGGAAGAUGGUGCUGGCACGUUACCGGAACAAAGCCACGCGUGAAACUCACGAGCUCUGCUUUUGAAUGUUGCAAAUCCAAUGGGUUUGAACCACUGCAGAGCUUUUUCAUUCAAUUUAAUGCUGGUCCUACAUUCAUGAUGUCACAGGAGCCACCUAAGCUGCUAUCUUGCUUGCGCCUUUUCCGCACCUUUGUUCUCUGGAUGGAAUUGGCUUGAGAGAUUUGCGACAUGUAUCGUAGCAGCACGUCGGUUUGAAUUUUUAUGAGAAUGUGAUAGAGGUGGGUGUGUGAAGAAUGGAGGAUAGGGAGGGCAUGCUGCGGCUGCGGAGGCACAAUCGGCGAUUACUGCCGCAGCACGGGAGGGAGGCAGUGAAGGAUGAUGUGGGAAGAGAGAACGUGGAGCUUGCAAGGAGGACUUGUUGUGAGCAGUUGACGUUUUUGGAUGGUCGUCGGAAAUAUGUGUGUGCUUCCUUUGGCGGUCUGGGUCAUGAGGCGUCGCUAUUGCGGACGGGUAAAAACAGGGAGUAUGGGUCUUUGCGAGCUGGGAAGCGGGAAGGGGUUACAGUCUUGCGGCAGCUGUUGGAAGUAUUUACGAAGAAUGAUAGGACGAAUGGACGAGAGGGCAGGAGAGACGGGGAUUGUGGGGGAGUAUCUUUGGUUGUUGGGUGCUUGACUACAAUUGUCAAAAUCGCAGCGCUUCUGCUUUCCAGGUCGUUGUGUGAAGGCGCAUGGCCGGCUCUUCAGGCGCUCAGCAUUUGUACGCUGCCUUUCGGUGCUCUCAAGCAGUUGACGCUUCCAAUGCCGGCGAGGAGAGUUAUGGAGUCUAUAGCAAGGCCAGUGUUGGGGAUAACUGUAUCUCAGCCAAUUGUGCGGUUGUGUUUGCCCAAUGUCUAUCGCACUCUGAAGUUCUGGAAACGUCUUUUGCCGAUAUAUUUCCGGUACAUCAAGACUAAGAGGCAAGUGAGGAACAUGACUUCAGCAGAGCGGGACAAAGUGUGGGCUGUGCGCCACGAGUGGGGUGGUGAGAAAGUACACAGUCUGGUUCUAGACAUGAGUGGAUUCUACGUCAAAUCUGCACAAAUUUUAGCCACUAAAGCUGACUUUGUACCAGAGCCUUGGACCCGGCGCUUGUCUAACCAUCUAGACAAUGCCCCACCUCGUCCUUUUGAUGAAGUUGAACGCAGCAUCAUGCAGCAGCUUGCUACUUGUCCUGUCAGCAAAUCUUUGACUCACGACGCAGGAGGGUCAGUACCGCUUGAUGAAGUUUUUUUACAAGUAGAUCCGACCGCGCUUGCUGCUGCUUCUAUUGCCCAGGUGCAUGCAGGGGUUCUUCGUGAUAACACUCGUGUGGUGAUUAAAGUCCAACAUCUUGGUAUGGAGAAAGUUAUGGCUGCCGACUUGCGAAAUAUUGGUUGGGUGGCCAAGUUUUUGGAAGGCCAGCUUCCGUUUGAUCUUGUUCCAAUCGUAAAAGAGAUUCAAGCAACUAUCCCGUUGGAAUUCGAUUUUAAGCGGGAAGUUUGGUUUAUGACUAAUGUAAAGCGAAGCUUAGAAGAGCAUGGUUUCAAUCAAGUCAAAUGUCCUCAGCCCAUCCUGGAUCUCUGUUCUGAUCGACUCAUUGUUAUGGAGAGAUUGGAUGGUGUGCCGUUUACUCAGAUUUUGCAUUCCCGGGCACCAGUGGCGUUGCAGAGAAGGAUACCUGAAGUUGUUCGGGCUUUGGAGGCGCUGGUCGAUGCCUAUGGACAGAUGCUAUUUAUAGAUGGCGUCUUCCAUGCUGAUCCACAUGCCGGUAAUCUUUUGCUACUCUCAGACGGUCGUCUUGGUCUGAUUGAUUUUGGGCAGAGCAAGGUAAUCGACAAAGAGAUACGGUUGAAACUUGCUCGUAUGAUCAUGGCCUUGGCAAGCAAUAAGGAAGCUGAAAUUGCAAGAGCUUUGAUCAACUUGGGAUUGAAGUUUGAAGAUGUGAAUGGUGGUGUGGUAUCCGAAAGUAGGUUGGCUCUAAUGGCCCGGAUACUUUUUGACACUUGCUAUGUGCAAGAGGCGACAGUUUCUCCAAUGUCAGAGGAGUCUCUCUUGCGGACGACACCACUGAAAGCUUUCAAUCAGUCUGUAUGGCUGGUUGUGCGUGCGUUAGUUAUCCUUCGAGGGUUGUGCUAUGCAUUGAAGAUGGAUUUGUCAGCCACUGCUAUUUGGUUUCCUUAUGCUCAAGCUGCAUUAGCUGCUGCAGGCGACGAUUGAAACUGAAAACACUAAAGAUUUUCUUUGAAAGUGUUUAUCUCUUAGUUAUGUUUCCCUCUACUGUUCGAUACCUUAACCCUGCGAUGUCGUUUGUGAUUCGCCAUUUAAUGAAAUAACUUAGGUUCUGAAUCAUGGUAGCCGUAAUUGCUUCUUUUUUAAUAUGUGAAGUGCAUAUUUUACCUCUCAUCAACGUAGUUUUUGUAUGAAUAUGUAACAUAUUUCUCGUUUACAA